AAGCCGAGCCAACGACCUAGCGCUGCCUUCUCAGCGAACAGUAGACUCGUGCGAGUGAGAUAAAAAUAUCCCCAACCAUUUGCGUCAUGACCGAAAAAACUCAUUCAUGCAAAUGUGCGAGCGAAGCAGACUAGAAGUAGGAGGGCUUGCGGCCCCGCGCCGCGUGACAGCCGAUUGGCUGCUUCUCCCGUGAACUGGGUUUGCACUUUAUUUUUCGUCACGAGAGCGAGGGACGGUCACUGUUAAAAUAGUUUACUUGCGUUCCACACCGAUCAUUCGGCAUGGUAGUCUCAUCGUGUGCACUUAUUUACGUUUGACUUUCUUGCUGGGAGUUUUACCUGUUUGAAAAAGUUAUAGGAUACAAAUUCGUUGUUGUGUUUCUGACUUAACGGAUUUUAUUUCUCGCGAGGGAAAUAUACUUUAAUUUUUUUUCCCGACCUCAACAAAUACACCCCCAAGUUAAUGGAGGUGCUCCACCGCCCAGGGGCGCUCUACGGUUCCCAACCCUCUGCCAUGUUCGCACCUGGUAUGCAACGAAUGUUCACCCCACCCUCUGACGUCUACUCCUGCUACUCCUUCGAGGCCAACACCCCUUCCAGGACCCCCACCCCCGAGCGGGCGGGUCGCAUCCACUCCAAACACGGCGUCAUGAUGGACGUGACCAGCCACGCCACCACCCUCCAGUCGGUGCUGAGGGGUGAGAUCCCCGCCGCCUACUCGCACCUGGCCACAUCGGCGUCGUCCUCAAACUCAUCCUUGUCGACCUCCCCUACCAUGUCGUCCUUCUACUCCCCUCACACAUCAUCUAUGGAGCUAGACUCUCACCACCUCCACCACCACCUGCUCCGGCCCGUCCCCAGCCCCUGCCCCAGCCACCACAGUUCCCUCAGCUACAGCCCCCGGCCACAGUCUCACGAGUCACACACGUCCCAGGACUCAGACGUCCAGACCGAACCUAUGGACCUUAGCUGUAAAAAAACAUCCAGAAAAAGAACAGCCGUCUCGGCAUUUUUGGACGCCUCCUCUAAACACGACGCCUCCCCCGUCCUCUCCUCAUCACUUCCGGCUAAAUUUAACGUCUCCUCCGAGUUCCUGUCCACACUUCCGUCAUCAUCAUUCACAUCUUCCAGCUCGCCGUCUAUGCACAGUUUUCCACCAAGCCCAGGCGAUGGCCAGCAAGGAGAAGAAUUCUCCCUCCUCCGCAACCUGCUCAGCGUCGGCAAACACUUCUCAAACUCCACAGGGCUCAGUAACUCCACCCCCAACUUGAGCUCAGAACGAGGUUGUGAAUCCCCCGCAUCAGACUCCUACCCCAGGACGCCGGUUACCGGCACAACCAAAGUCCAGCUAGCCAAGAAAAAUCUCUUCCCCGUCAGCGCCCGGGUAUCAGACUGGCUAGUUAAGAUCGUCCAGUUCGCCAAAUCUAUCCCAGAAUUCUCCUCCCUGUCCCACAACGACAAGGUCACCCUGACCCUCAACUCCUGGAGUCGUCUGAUGCUGCUCUACAUGGCCGAGAGCAACUUCCAGUUUGCCGUCACCCCCAUCCCGACAAUAGACUCGUCCAGUGUUGAGUCCAGUCCGUCACAGGAUGAGCCCACCAUGAAAUCUGUGGAGGGUGUGCAGACAUUUAUCAAGAAAUGCCAACAAAUGUCAGUAGAUAGCAAAGAAUAUGAAUUCCUUAGAAUGCUGGUGCUAUUCAAUGCAGGCUAUGUAGGUCUCUCCUGCCCAGAGACGAUUGACCAGCUCAACUCAGUCGUCCAGCAGCUCCUCCAGCAGCACGUGCGGGUCAGCAGACCCAAGGACGUCAUGCACUACUCCCGUCUGCUCAUGUGCCUGCCCUCACUCUACGGCACCAACAGCAAAAUGUUCGAGUCCCUCUUCUGCAAGCACAUCAGCAAGAACACGGACAUGGAAGUACUGCUCAAGGAACUCCUCCAGAACAUGUCCACCAGUCUCUAGCCCCAAGAAAAAACAACACUAGUACAUUUAUGACAAUUUUUACCCAUACACCACCUUCAUGCCUCAUAGUCAUUUGUGACUGGAAAUUUUUUUUUUUUUUUUUUUGAAAAUUUUAUCAAGAUGGCUGACAUUUUGAAGAUAACGAAUGUUCACCAUAUCUUCACAAACAGAAUACAGUUUUAAAUGUAUUUUGGGAAAGGAACAUAAGAGAAUAUGAACUUGAUGAGUAAUUUAUUCUGCUGUGCCAGGAGGAAAAAAAAACUGUAUGCCUGUUUGUUGUACCUGGGAGUAGAAGACAUAGGAACUGUUUAUUUUUAGUUUGCUAAGUUGCUUAGCAACUGUUGACUUUUGGCUGCAUUGGCUAAAAAAACCUGGACACCUGUUAAAAUGUUGAAGCGCUGGUGAUAAACAAUACAUAUAAUUCAGGUAUAGUGCAGUCUGUGAUUGGCUGAUACUAGUUUGGCGAUCGAUUUCUGAUUGGUCAACAUGAUUUGCCAGUUGGCUCUUUUUGGCUGUGGGCCGGACUGUUGCAUCAGCAGAAAUGUGGCUACGUUAAUCAAAAUGGUUGCGCCACACAGGUUUCAAAGACAAGGACGGGAACUGAGCAGAGUUUAAGAACUAAAUAUGCCUAUGAUUUCUUUUUGGAAUAUGAUACGACUACAUGUUAUGUGUAAUUAUUGGUUAAAGUUGUAAUGUGUACGCAAUUGCUAUCUAUGAUAUGCUUCUGCGUCACACAAGUGCAAGUUGAAUGCUGGGUUUGAAAGUUGAAUGUUGUAGAUCUGCCAAUUUUUGCCAUGAUUAAUUUAAUGUGUCUGAUCUCUUUAAUUGACACUGUCCACUUCAUCAUUAACAUGAAAUUAACAUUACCACCAUAGCGGCAAGUCAGCUCUCACUAAUUAAAAAAUUCCACUAUUUAUCUUUACAUAAUAAAAAAAAAACCAAUGUCAUAAAUGCUUGAUUAUAAUAUAUCUUCAACAUUACCCUGUUACGUUUUACGUAACAAUGGCACUGAAAAUUACUUUUGAUUUGUAAAUUUAAUCAACUUGUCGUUUCUUAGAAAUCUCUGUGGAUGCAAAUUUAUGUUAAUGCAACACGUUUAUGCUAAUGCAAUGGUCCGUUUUUAUAUUUCAUAACAAUUGUGUAAGAAUGGUACUCUGAUAUUUUUACUUUCCUUCAUCUAGAUCUCUAAUGUAAGGGAACGUAAGGUGGAUUUUAAAUUAUUCUUUUUUAUUAAUUACUUCUAAUAUUUUUUGUUUGUAUAAAUGUUACUUAAAUAUUUUUACUUCUAAUUUAGUAUCUAGGUUUUUAUUUAAGUUUUAUUUGUUGCAAAAAAGUAACUGUAAAUUGUUGUGUAAAUAUAUUCUAAUUUAUUGAACAGCUUGGGAAUAUAUUCAUUUCUUCACAUCAAAGAUUCAUACGCAUGACACCGUAUCCUGUUUCAUAUAAUGAACCAACUCUCUCUACAGUAGGAAAAUUCCCGCAACAUUCCACCCUCAACAAAAUCUCAAAAUAUUUUAUCAGAUAAAAAUACCCCGACCAUAUCAUAUUGUGUCACAAAUCUGGUAAGAUUCCAUUUUUUUAAAAAAUAAUUUCAAUCAACUCUGCUUCAAUUAUUUAAACAAAUUUAUUCCAUCAACAAAAUAACACAAAAUAAUUUUUAAAAUGUUACUCUUCACCAGCAACAAAUAUCUAUUUUAAAUUACUAAUUUCCAAGGAAGUCAGCAUUUAACAUGAUAUUUUAAAAUUACAAUAUUUAUUUCUAGGAAAUAAAGUUCUAAAAUACUCUGCGCUAGCAGAUCUUGUAUUCCAAAUGAUAUUUAAGCAUUACUUGUGUUCAUAUUUAUCCAACCAAUUCCACCAGCAAAAGCUCUGAUGGGCCAACAAGUAUUAGAGAUCAGAGAGUGAAUGUUUACACUGCCAGUUCUAGUUUAACCAACUUUAUGUGUAGUCUACCCUACUUAUAUAGUACUAUGUAAAUCCAUGAAGUUACCUAGCCAUAUUUUUCUAAGUGUAAAGUAGACUACUUGAUAGUUAAAAGCAUAAUUUUAGAUUCAAUAUCACAGACCUGUUUAAGUUUUCUUCACAAACAUUGAUUUUUUUAUUUUUAGAAACUU